UAGUUUUUGCUUUAAACUUCUCUAGUCUAGGUAGAUGCUGAUAUUGUAUUUGAAAUUCUAGACUGGCUGAGGGGAGAGAGGGAUCAAAAUCGUCUCCGGCGCAAUAGUAAAUCUGUUGCAGCUGGUGCGUGAUGUGCGGACUUGAUGUUGCCACGUCAGCUAGUCCUAAAAGACAAAAACAGAGGAUACUGAUUCCGGAUGAACUGAAGAAGACAAUUCCGAAUUUGAAGCUGCCGGUGGAUGAACUGAAGAAUCCUUCGAUCCUGAGGAAUUUGUUUCCAAUGUUGAAGUCGUAUGAAACCCAGAAGAAGAUGAUGGGGGAACGACGUAGCAGCCCAUCUAUAAAAAAGAUUGAAGAGGAGGGUAUUAAGGUAAUACAUGAAGUCAAAUGCAAGCUUUAUGUGAAGGUAUCAGUCGCGACAAUCCCUGGUGUGACAUUUCCCGUACAUGAAAGAGUAACAGAAUCCCCUCCCAACACAGAAUUUGAGCGAAGUGGUACACCAUCCCAAUAUGCAAUUACAAUAUCAGACUCUAAAGUUGCUGAAAAUAUUAAAAAGUAUGGAAGAGGCACUAAGAUAUUAAAGCCCGGACCAUAUUCCUUCUCUCCUUGGGCCAUUCAAGAUGGUAAAAAUAUUCGGCUCAAAAAAGACCAGAGCAAAUUGUUAAGUUAUGUUGCAGCUACUAGCCAUGAAGAUUAGAAAGUGUUAAAAUUAUUUUGACACUUCUAGUUUCAUUUUAUUAUUAUAAUUUUUUUUUUUUUUUUUUUUUUGGGACAGCAUAAAGUGUCUUAUAUGUUUAAAUUUUUUUUGCAACUUGCCAUUCAUUUUAUCAGUGAAACAUUGGUGGUGAUGUAUUGCCAAGACCUGUUUUGAUGUGAUAUGGUAACUUUGUUCGAACCCAACCUUGUUUCUAGCGCGGUGAGUAGAUUUGUUUGAAUAUUUUUUUUUUACCCUCCAUGACAAGUUUAUUGUUUAAAAAUUUUCAGUAACUAAUAUUUAUUGUUUUAUUAUAUUAUGUUAUAAAUUUUUGAGGAAAUUAUUUGAAAAAUACCCAAGGAUAAUGUGGUAAAAAAUUCGUUCUGAAUAGCAAUGCUGCACAAUUCAUGGAUAACAGCGGAGUAGUGCUGUUGAAAUCAGCGGAAAAAUGCAAGGUUGUCCAAAAAAAGUUAUGCUUUCCUUCAUGCAUAAAAAGUCACUGGUUUUUGUUGGUGGUAAACCAUCCGGAGAAGACAAUUGAUUACAUUUGUUCAAAAGGAACACCCCACAUAUAUAAGCAAUAUGCCUUAUGUGUGAAAGAGCUCCUGGAGGUUGCUUGUGGCAAAGAGUGGUCAAAAUACUUAGUGAGGAUCCCUCUAAAAAUCCCGAAACAAACUGAUGCGUGUGUAUAGUAAAUUACACAAGAAGUAGAGAUUUAAAUAUUUAUAUAGUAUUCACAGCAUCUUACUAUUAUUACUUAAGUAGAUAUUUUUAAUUUUGUGAAAAUAUUAGGACAUCUUGUGGCAUAUUCGUAAUGAAGUUCAUGGAAUUAUGGGAUGGCAAAAAAUUAUCCAAGAAGUUGAAAAAAAAGCCAGAGUUAAUGCGUUCGGAGUUUCUGCUGAAACUGUUGGAUAAUUCACUAAACGAAAGACAAACAGAAUUGUACAGAAUGGCACUUGCAUAAUUUGACAGAGUUGGUUGCCUUGCAGUCCAGAAUUUUUCCUACUUUUAACUUACUGCGUGCUGAUAACUUUUUCUGAGCAUUUACCAAGUUCUGUUCCUAACAUUUUCAGGUUUUCAUGCUCAAGCGACUCCUAUGUUCUUGUACUAGUUAGUGUUAUUUAUGGUGGUGAUUUUGGUAAAUGUGAACUUUAAUUUUUGCUGUGUUGGAUGUAUAUUGAAGGAAGCGUGACAUGUUGCUUUGUGUAAUGGAGACGUUACGAACGAUGUACCUAUUUACUAGUUCUAAACUUCUAUUUUGUUUUUUUGGUGGAUGUCUUUUGAAUGAAGCGUUUCUCUUAUUUGGCUUA